UCAGCAACAGGCAGUCGGUCGUCUCGCCCGUUGCAGCUUUCACGUCCCAUUGUUGGAAAUUCAAACGAGAUUUUCGGACGGAUAAAUCAUGGUGGGAUCUCCCGUGAACAAACCCGGACACCCUGAGGAGGCGGCCGAGAAGAACGGAGCGCCCAAGUUGCUGCAAAUCGAGGAGGACUCGAUCGGCGUCGAGAGAGAACAAUUCCGCGUUUAUAUGGAGGAGAAAGGCGUGAUGGAGAGCUUGAUCAGGGCCAUGACCGAGCUGUUCCUCGAGGAGAACAAGCCUGAGGACCCUUUGGACUACAUCAAGUCCUUCCUGAUUGAACGCCACAGGCCAGAGGGGGAUGUGAGUGUGCUCAGGACGGAUUUGCGUGAGGCCAGGGUGGAGAUUUCUAAGCUGAAGAGGAAGGUGGACCAACUGUCCAGCAGGCUGGACAAGUACGAGGCUGUCGACGAAGAGUCGGACGAGCGCCACAAAAAGCCUGCUGAGUGAUCCGAAUUCAUUUAGGGAAACUAAAUUUUACGCUAAUCUCAAAAAUUAUAUUCUACGCCGUUAGUUUUAAGUUUCAUUUCCUUUUUCCAUCUGCAUGGUGGAAUUAAAGGAAAAGGGUCCAGACUGAAAUGUUAUAGUGUUGUAAAGAAUUCUAAUUUAUUAUAGGUUACAGAGACAAUCUAUCUAAGUUGAAGUACAUAAUUAAUCAACUUCAUUAUUGUUUUUGUUUGGGUGUUAAGUUUCAAUGAGACUUGAUUAAUGUUCAUAAUAGUUUAUUUGAGAGUUUAUUUCACGUUGAAAUACAGUGGAUUCAACUUAAAUGUUUUAAUUUAAUUAAAGUCCUGUAAAAAACACAACAAGGUCUGAAAACAAUAAAAGCUCAAAAAGUACUACAAAGUUGAUUUUG